CUAUAAUCAAUAUACGGACAUCGCUUCUUCUCCAUCGACCGUCCAUCAACGCCAUCGUGCUUCUUCUCAGUCGACUUGGCUUGUUCUUCUCCAGCACCGCUGCUUCUCCUAAUCUGUUCUUCACCGUAGACUCCAUCUCCUUCGUCGGUUUGCUUCUACAUUGGAUUCCUGAUUUCGAACUGCAAUAAUCGAUUUUUAGGGAUCACAAGAUUAAAAGGGAGACGCACGGAAAAGAGGAGAAGGCCUGUUAUCGUCUUGUUUAUUAUUCCAUCUCGCCUCCCUGAGACUUCCUGCGCUGAUCAAUCCCAAAUCCGACAUCAAACUCACUAAUGGAGCAAGAGGUGAUAGAAUCAGAGAUGGUGUUACCUACUCACCUAAGUUUUAAAAAGAUUCAGAUGUACGAAAAGUACCCAAAAGGUCAAGCUAGAGGGAGGCAUUGGAAACAUCUCAAGCAGAUCAUACAAGCUGAAAAUUACCAAAAUUAUCCUGCUGAUGAACCAAAUUAUGUUAAUAUUGAAUCUCCACCUUCGAUGCACCCUCGGAAGCAAAUUUGUGAUAUAACUGGAUUUGAGGGACCUUAUAGCGACCCAAGAACCCAUCUGAGGUAUGCAAACACAGAAGUGUUUAAGGUGAUCAGAUCGCUUCCUAACGAGUAUGUGCAAAGAUAUCUUGCUCUCAGAAAUGCAGCAGUUGUUCUCAAGUAAUAUAAAAUUCAUUUCUCCAUUCCAUUUAAUGUGUUACUAUUUGAUCCUUUCGGAGGUUGUUAACAUUUGAGUUUGAAUGAAUAUAUAUAUAUUUUAACCGGCUUUCAACUGUUUGAGUUUAACCCAUUUCAUCUGCUUGAUUUUCUAGCCAAGCUUUUAUAUGUUAUCCAAUUCACCGUUUGAUGAUAAAAUGUGGCCGAGAUUAACCCAUUGUAAGUAAGUGGUUAAUCUCGGCCAUAUUUAACUUGGUGGGUGGUGUAUCCAUGUGAGUUUUGAAAUUGAUUUAUGUGAUAUUGAAUAAUUAGAGAAUAAGAUACUCUUUUGUAAAUAAAUGAUUUGCAGGAGAUGAUAUUUAGAUGUGUUUUUUUUCCCUGUUAGUGGUUGAUUUAAAUUCUAUAUUAGAAG